AUGAACAGAAGAAAAAGGAAAUCGAGGCGCGCGGAAGAAAAGUCCGCGCAAGUGAUAUGCGGUGCUACUGCUGCGCUGCUACACAACUUGGCGCCGAUCGGUUGGGUUCAAGUUUCGAAAGGCACGGCUUGGCCAAUCACCAGUGCAGCCGAACGGCCGGGCAAGAGAAGAAGCACUUACAAAAAAAGCACGUACGAGUUAGCCAAGGCAUGCAACAUGGAAGCGUUUUCCUACACGUGA